GCUGCCGCUCUGGUGUCGCCGCCGCCGCCGUCGCCGCCGCCGUCGCCGCCUCCCUGCCGGCAAGUGUGGGAAGGAGGAGCCGAGGGCCGCCGCCGCCAUGGGGAGGAAGUCGAGCAAAGCAAAGGAGAAGAAGCAGAAGCGGUUGGAAGAACGAGCAGCCAUGGAUGCCGUCUGCGCCAAAGUGGAUGCCGCCAACAGGCUCGGGGACCCUUUGGAGGCUUUCCCAGUGUUCAAGAAGUACGAUCGCAAUGGGUUAAACGUCUCCAUCGAGUGUAAGCGAGUGUCUGGCCUGGAGCCGGCCACCGUGGACUGGGCCUUCGACCUGACCAAGACCAACAUGCAGACCAUGUAUGAGCAGAGCGAGUGGGGCUGGAAGGACCGAGAGAAACGCGAGGAGAUGACGGACGACCGAGCCUGGUACCUCAUUGCCUGGGAAAACAGCUCCGUCCCCGUUGCCUUUUCUCACUUCCGGUUUGACGUGGAGUGCGGGGAUGAAGUCCUGUACUGCUACGAGGUGCAGCUGGAAAGCAAGGUGCGGCGGAAAGGCCUGGGCAAGUUCCUCAUCCAGAUCCUGCAGCUCAUGGCCAAUAGCACACAGAUGAAGAAAGUUAUGUUAACGGUGUUUAAGCACAAUCAUGGCGCCUACCAGUUCUUCAGAGAAGCGCUGCAAUUUGAAAUCGACGACUCUUCCCCCAGCAUGUCUGGUUGCUGUGGGGAGGACUGCUCCUAUGAGAUCCUGAGCCGGAGGACCAAGUUUGGGGACAGCCAGCACUCCCACACGGGCGGGCACUGUGGCGGCUGCUGCCAUUGAACUCCCAAGCCAGAAUGCUCUCUCCAAGGCCUGUCCUUUCCCCUGGUCUCACGCCGCUUGCUGGGUGCCCCCAGAGCUGUGGCCUCCUCAGCCCUACACGUGCCAGGCUGUACCCUGAGAGCACAGAACCCUGAGGACGAGUGGUCCGAGCUGCCCUCCUCCCCUCUUCUAG